ACGCUUUCGUAUAGGUGUACGUAUAGACAUCGAUUACUCGUCGCAAGCAGCUGGUCUGCUGGUGACGUCUCCGGAAUCAUGGCAGCGAGCACUGGAGCCCUUGCUGCGGCUGUUUCAGCCGUGCUCGCGGUCACGGUAUUGCUCGCCUCGCCGGUCGCCGCGGAGGAGGGGUGCACGCGGCGGCCGGUGGUGUUCGCGUUCGGCGACUCCAACACGGACACGGGCGGCACCGCGGCGGCGCUUGGGAGCUACCUCCCACUCCCGGAGGGCCGCACCCAUUUCCGCCGCUCCACCGGACGGCUCUGCGACGGCCGCCUCGUCAUCGACUACCUCUGUGAGAGCCUGAACAUGAGCUACCUGAGCCCGUACAUGGAGGCGCUGGGCUCCGACUUCAGCAACGGCGCCAACUUCGCCAUCGCCGGCUCGGGCACCUUGCCGCGUGACAGGCCCUUCGCUCUCCACGUCCAGGUGCAGCAGUUUGUCCACUUCAAGCAGCGCUCCCUCCAGCUCAUCAGCCAAGGUUCUUCAGUCUUCAGUAGUACUACACAGAAGGGUUGUGUGUCUGACCGAUCUAAUGCUAGUUGGUCUGCAGGCGAGAAGGCUCCGGUGGACGCGGAGGGUUUCCGGAACGCGCUGUACCUCAUCGACAUAGGGCAGAACGACCUCUCCGCCGCCUUCUCGAGCGGGCUGACCUACGAUCACGUGGUCCAUCAUCGGAUCCCGGACAUGCUAUCUGAGAUACAGGAUGCUAUUGUGACUCUGUUCUACGAUGGAGCCAAGAACUUCUGGGUCCAUGGCACCGGUCCGCUGGGCUGCCUGCCCCAGAAGCUUGCCGAAGCCAUGAACUACGACGACGGCGAUCUCGACGACAGCGGCUGCCUCAGAACGCUCAACAACGCUUCCCACGAGUUCAACGACCAGCUCUGCUCCGUCUGCCACAAGCUCACGUCGCAGCUCAAGGGCGCCACCAUCGUGUACACCGACAUCCUGUCCAUCAAGUACGACUUCGUCGCCAACCACAGCGGCUACGGGUUUGAGGAGCCGCUCAUGGCGUGCUGCGGCUACGGCGGGCCGCCUUACAACUACAACGUCAACGUGAGCUGCCUCGACCCCGGCUACCGUGUGUGCGAGGACGGCGGCAAGUUCGUCAGCUGGGACGGAGUGCACUACACCGACGCCGCAAACGCCGUCGUCGCGGCCAAGAUUCUCUCGGCGGAGUUCUCGACUCCUAAUGUUCCCUUCGGCUACUUCUGCAAGACAUGAUGGAUGCUAGGUACCAUUAGAUCGAAGUGUCAGACAUAUACGCGCCGCCGAUUUGGUGAUUUGAGUUU